UGUAUUGGAGGCAAGGAGCUAAUGUGCUGUUGAGAAAGAAGUUUCAAUCAUCUCUUGAGCGUGUGAUCGGCCUGUUGAAUUUAGCUGUUUGAGUCUCGGUUAGCUUUGAAGUGGUAUCAAGAUGCAUUGCAGCACUUGUCUUUGCUUGCUUUCUCUCCCCUGUUACGGUUUUGGAUCUUUUAAUGCCUUAUAUCUUACAAAUAAGGCUGUGAAGCCCAUUCGUCCUAUCAUUGCUGGUUCUACCCUCAUCAGUUUUUCAGAAGGAAACUAAGGGGGAUUUUGCUGAAUCAGUCAGGCCACUAGUUCCUUUUAGUAUUUUCUUUUCCAGUCAUUCCGAGACCGAAAAAAUUUCACUUAGUUUAUGUGCUUGUUAUCUCUCCGCCUUCAAUAAAUAAAGUGUCUUACGUGCUAUUGAAGCUGCAAAAAUGGAAAGGUACAAGAUAAUUAACGAAGUUGGUAAUGGCACAUUUGGAAAUGUUUGGCGUGCACUUAAUAAACAGACUGGUGAAGUGGUUGCAAUAAAAAAGAUGAAGAAGAAGUACUAUUCAUGGGAAGAAUGCAUAAACUUGAGAGAGGUCAAGUCUUUGAGAAAAAUGAACCAUCCAAAUAUUGUGAAGCUCAAGGAAGUGGUUAGGGAGAAUGACAUUUUGUACUUUGUGUUUGAAUACAUGGAGUGCAAUUUAUAUCAGCUUAUGAAGGACAGAGCAAAGCUUUUCUCAGAAUCCGAAGUAAGAAAUUGGUGCUUCCAAGUAUUUCAGGGUCUUGCUUAUAUUCAUCGACGAGGAUAUUUUCAUCGUGACCUUAAGCCAGAGAACUUGUUGGCUUCGCAAGAUAUAAUUAAAAUUGCUGAUUUUGGUCUUGCUCGGGAAAUCAACUCUCAGCCUCCAUUUACGGAAUAUGUAUCAACACGUUGGUAUCGUGCUCCUGAAAUUCUUCUCCAGUCACCAAUCUAUGGUCCUGCUGUUGAUAUGUGGGCAAUGGGUGCUAUAAUGGCUGAGUUGUUUAGUCUUCGUCCUCUAUUUCCGGGUUCAAGUGAAGCAGAUGAGAUAUACAAAAUAUGCAGUGUUAUAGGGACUCCAUCCAAGAGGGAAUGGGCGCAGGGACUUCAACUUGCUAGUGCUAUCAACUACCAAUUUCCACAGAUUGCUGGUGUAGAUCUUGCCUUGCUAAUUCCAUCUGCCAGUGAGGAUGCUGUUAGUCUAAUCACGUCUCUUUGUUCAUGGGAUCCUUGUAAGAGGCCGCCAGCCGUCGAUGCUCUUCAACAUCCUUUCUUCCAGAGUUGUUUUUAUGUACCUCCAUCACUACGCACCAAGACUGCUGUUGCUAAGACUCCUCCGGCUGUCAUGAGGGGUGCAUUGGAGCAAAAGUACGACAAGUGGUCGUUUGGGUCGUCACCCAACCCCAAGCCCAGUAGCAACUUCUCCACCGUUAAGUCACAGGUGCCUGUUAACACAGUGACUCAUGUAACAGGCGUACAAAGGAGGUUGGAUAUGAAUUAUCAGGAACCAAUGAGGAAUGAUAAAUCCCUGAAAGACUCUGUUAAUCAACAACCAAAAUACCGACCUCCUGUAAGGAAUGUCCCAAUGGUUGGUUCUGGAGUGACAACUCGUGCCAUUUCGGAUGCAGCUGAGAAGCUGGCGAACGUGAGCAUUGGCUCUGGUAGAGGACCUACAAAGCAGCCAGUAUUUAAGCCAAUGAAGGCAGGAGGGUGGCAUGGGCAUCAGGACUUGUUCCAUGGACGGUCUCAAGAGUUUCUUCCUGGAAGAAGCUAUUCAAGGAAAGUUGCUGGAUGAAGAAUGUUAUAAGCUUGAGUGUCGUAUUCUGUUCAAGUGUUAUUUAGCGAUAGUAGUCUUUAUGUACAUGGCUCAGUUUGAUGUUACUUUGGUGAGCCAGCAGUCUAGUGCUUUGCAAGUUUGUUUCAUUUUGGAGAUACUGUCACAUCUACGUUCAAGAUGUUGAAUAAAUGUGUUUGCUUGUUUUGGUGAUACUAUCAUUUCUACAUUCAAGUAUUAUUGAAUAAAUGUUUAUGCGUAUGAGAUA